AUGCAAGUACGCUCUCAGCUGGCCAAGGUCAAGAAGCACGACUACCCCAACAACACCACCUUCUUGAACAACGUUAAAUCCUUGUCGGAUGUGCUUACUUCCAUCGGGCAGCCACUACGUCCCAAGGAUUUCAACAACUUCCUUCUCGCUGGUCUGGGCGGCGACUACGACGCCCUUGCUGAUCGCAUCUCCACUUGUCCAACCUACGAUCCUAUGUCUAAACGCGAGGUCUAUGCGCAACUUCUGAAUACUGAGCAGCGCGUGGAGGGGCGACGCGCCGAGCUUGGUGUCAACAUCCAUCACACCAACUACACGUUGCGUCCUUCUGGUGGUCACGGUGGUGCCCCUUCCAACAGCAACGCCAGCAGGGUUACGCGCCUCCCAAUACGGUACCAGAAAGAUUGUCUUGGUGCCGACAAUGAUGGUGGCAACAUGCAGCGCCAACUUUCUGCUCUCAACGCCACCGCUGCAGCCGCCGCAUACCAUACCGACGCCUAUACCUCCUCACAACCAGUUGAUCCCAACUGGUAUGCGGAUAUUGCAGCAAUGGACCACCUCACCAACGACCCUGACAAGCUACAAAGGAGCAAUACCACGACAAGGAUAAUGUCCAAGAUGCCAAUGGUAUAG